GUGUGUCUGAGUGUUUCUCGCCCGUGUUGUAGUCUCUCAGCUGAGAGGAGGCAGCAGCGGCUCAGUCACACAAACCCUGCGCGACCCGAGCGCUGCCAACUGCCGCGUCUCUUUGUUCCCGAACGACAACAAGAGCAACGACCACCGGUUUCUCUCUGUCACCCAUCGAUGCCAUCGCGUGAACCCGCGGACAUGGACUCCCACGGGACCGAGUGCAUGGAUCAAUAUGUGUCCUUCGCAAAGAGGAGGAGGCACGACAGCGAGCACUCUGUCUCUGGCCUGGAGUACACAGACCUGGAGGCAGCGGAGGCCCUGGUGUGUAUGAGCUCCUGGGGCCAGGGCCUCUUUCCCAGCAACAACAGGCCGAGCGCCUGCAAGCCCAGACCCCUCACUCCGGCCUCGGACUCCUGCGACUCCCUCCUGACGCCAGAGAUUCCGGAGCCCCCGAAGGACUUUGUGUCCCUCUCCUCCCUGUGUAUGACUCCCCCUCACAGCCCCAGCUUUGUUGAGACUUCCACAUCCAGCACUGGCCUCCAGUCCAGCUUGGCUGUGUCCUCGCAGCGCGGUGGGCCCGGUCUCCAUCAACCUUUCCUGGCACCCAUUGCUGAAAUAAAAAGCUCCCUCCCCGCUCCGCCACAGCCCUGCCGAGCCAUGGCGACCAGCGUCAUCCGCCACACCGCAGACAGCACCCCCUGCCAACACCACAUUCCAGUGGCCCCCAAUCCAGAGAAAACUAGAGACACAGUGAUGGCUACAAUGGUCUGCCUGCAGCAACAACUGCAGCCGCAGCAGGACAUCACACGGACUGAGCAGAUAACCUCACCUCCCUCUCCUCUCGCACCAUUAAAGACAGAAUUCAGGCCCAGUCCCUCAAAACCCUGUUUGGACAUGGUCUCCACCCCCACCCCUUUCAACGCCCAACCACAAAACAGCCCAUCCCCUCCCAUUCUUACAGCAACCCUGUCCCCACCUCCAGUCCGGAGCCCUCAAAUCAUCUGCCAGAUGUUCCCUGUGAGCAGCCAAUCAGGGAUAAUCUCAGCCUUCAUCCCCGGCACGGUUCAGACAUCCAAUAAUGGAAUUCAGACCACCACCACACCGAUCCUCUCCCAACACACCUCAGCGAACACCGGCACUGUGCAGCAGUCCCUCAUUGUGGGCUCGGCUAUGCCCCAGGGGACGGUGAUGCUGGUCCUCCCUCAGUCCUCAGUGUCUCAGGCCUCUCACUGCUCGCAGACUGUCAUGACCCUGGGCAACACCAAGCUGCUACCUCUGGCCCCGGCCCCCAUGUACGUACCAGCGGGACCCAGCUGCAGCACGGCGCCCGCAAAGAUGGACUUUUCUCGCAGGAGAAACUAUGUGUGCACCUUCCCCGGCUGCAGGAAGACAUACUUCAAAAGCUCACACCUCAAGGCUCACCUUCGAACACACACAGGUGAGAAGCCGUUCAGCUGCAGCUGGGACGGCUGCGACAAGAGGUUCGCCCGCUCCGACGAGCUCUCCCGUCACCGGCGAACGCACACCGGCGAGAAGAAGUUUGUGUGUCCCGUGUGCGACCGGCGAUUCAUGCGCAGCGAUCACCUCACCAAACACGCGCGGCGCCACAUGACCACAAAGAAAAUUCCCUCCUGGCAGGCCGACGUCAGGAGCUUGAACAAAAUGGCUGUGGGCAAAACGCCUCCCUCAAAACCAGGCCUCGCCACAAUAAGCAUGCUGGUACCUGCCGCCUCGAAAUAGACCCUGAACACUGCCAUCCCACUCACUCCCAAGAUACCACAGGGAUUCGGGGAGUAGCCAAGCACAGGAGGCUGCUGCUCCUCUACUCAUGGGAAAGAGAAAAAAAAAACAUGCACUGGACUCUUUUCUUCCUCUCUACUGUUAAUUUGUACAUGUAUGUUCCUCUAAAGGACUCUUUGUUUACUUUGAUAUAAGUGAUCAUUUGUAUGCACCCUUGCCAAAGCCUUUGUAUGAAGUUUGUCUUACACAUUUCACCUUCUCCCCCAUCCUCAAAACAGAUAUCUAUGUGAAUGUAUUGUAUUGUUGUAUGAUUGCAUUUAUUUGUCAUAUCUGGGAAAAAAUAUUGACAUGAAAGACAAACGUGUAUAUAUGAAUAUUAAUCAACAAUACUAUGAUUAUACCUUGAUUAUAUCUCCCCUUAUAACUUUUCAUAUUAUUUAAUACAUAUUUGUAAUAAAAUAAAACGGAUAAAACAAG